AUGAACUUGAGCCUAAAGGAGUUAACUAAUUGGAAAAGUGUCUCAGAAGAGACAAAAGAUUUUUAUCUGGGAGAAUUCGAGGAUUCUUCGAUUGAUAGUGAAGUGAGGAAGCAAUGGCGUAAAAAGGCAGCGAGAAAGUACAAUGAUUUCAUUAGCACAAUAAAAACUGAAGGAUUUCGGCCAGAUUAUGUUCCGAUAGAAACAUGGGAAAGUUGGAUGAAAUAUUGGAAAGAUCCUAAGGUUGUUGAAAAAUCAAAAAUAGCUUCAAAGAAUCGUUGUGGCGGUGAGAAUACAGUUGCUAGUGGGACUCACACGGGCGGCUCUAUUACCAUUGGAGAGCAUCACAAGAGAUUUGCUAUUAAAAAGGGUCGAGAUCCAACACCAAGUGAGGUACAUUUGCACAUCCAUACACACGGUCAUGAUGGGAAAUAUUUUAUUGGUGAACGAGCCCGAAUCGUGCAUGAAAAAUAUCAAGAAAUAUUACAACGCCGGACACAGACCCAAUCUGAAGUUGAUCAAUGUCAAGCCUAUUACGAAGCCGUGGGAGGGGUAAAGAAAAGAAGAAUAUACAGUCUUGGAUCUCAAGCACAAUUACAUUACGGGCCGAAUCUUCGUCCCUCUGCUGGAUCAGAUGCUACAUCCUCAAUACCACUUGUGAAUACUCAACCAGCAGCUACGGGAAAUUUGGAUGAGUUAGUGAUGCGAUUGAUUCCUGCACUGACCAAUAGCAUUAUUCCUGCAUUGACAGAUCGCCUGCUUCCUGUAGUUGUUGAGCGGGUACGUGGAUUGGUUUCUUCAUCCUCUUCUCAGCUAGACACUCACACUCCUACUGACCAUCCAUUAUCUAUGGCACCUAUAGUUCCAGUUGCAGCUACUGCCAACAUUGAUGAGGUUCUUGCAUCGGUUGCUGAUGAUGACCGUAGCUCUCCAGUCUCUCAUUAGUUAGAUUUGUUGUUUGAACUUUAUUGUUGUUGCAUAUGAUUUUGGAUUUUCUUGUUUUGGAUAUUAUCGUUGUGGAUGCUUUGAACUCGAUUGCAUUCUGCUAUGUAUUUUGGACCUU